AUUUUCUUUCUAUCUUUUUCUUCCGUAUGCUCAGACGCAACAGUUUGCUUUCUAUUUCUUAAUUCUUAAUUCUCCAAGCAAAAAUUUACAUUGAAUGAAACAGAAGAAGAACUUAUCAUCAUAGAAUCGGGAAAUAUCAGCAAAUGCAUAAACAAUCACAUCUAAACGUUUUGCAAUUCAAGAUGGUUAGCAACUUUCAUGUCAAUAGUUUGCUGUACAACGGAACUUAUAUAAAACAGGCGAAAUUAUAGUACAGGGCGCACGGAUACGCCGUUGUCUAUUAUGAAUACUGUUACCUCGGAAAUAUAUAAAGAAACUAAUUUUCAACCCAUUAAAAGCACAAAUGGUAAAGUAGUUUCAAAAUUUCAAUUCAGGUAUCCCAGCGAUGAGACGACCCCGACAAAUACAUGUGCAUCGUUGGAUAAAGAUGGUGAUAUAGUGGUGAAGAGAAGAAAUCGCCAAAACUUUGACCUGGGUAUAAUCGAAAUAGAACAUUCCGAGGCCACUGAGUUACGGUUGGUAGGGCUACAAGUGUGGCGAGGCGCCUUAUUAUUAGCGGAUUUUUGUUUUCACAAACGUCACGAAUUCGUAAAUAAGCAAAUUUUAGAAUUGGGUGCAGGUGUGGGCUUAACUAGCAUAGCUGCUGCCAUUUAUGUGCCCAAAGUGUUUUGCACAGACGUGGACAUAGGAGGUAUAUUACGUUUGAUACAAGCAAAUGUCUGUCGCAAUCAAAAACUAUUACAUAUGCGCGGCCAAAUAAAUGUAUUAGAAUGCGAUUUUAAAAUGCCAUUUGCGCAAUAUUCGCAAGAACUGAUAAAGGCUAUCGAUGAAAGUGAUGUGGUGGUAGCUGCUGAUGUGAUAUACGACGAUGAUUUAACCGAUGCCUUCAUUCAAGUAUUGGACAACAUAUUCGCAAGAGAAAUUGUUACAAGACGCAAAAAAAAUAUAUAUAUUGCGUUAGAAAAGCGCUACGUAUUCACAGUUUCCGAAUUGGAAGCUGUUGCUCCAAUGUUCGAGUACUUCCUGAAGAAAUCAAUGCACAAGAGAUGGCGUUUUGACUAUAUCCACACGGACUUUCCACAGUAUUUCCAAUAUGAGCGUUGUAAACAUUUAAUUUUGUUAGAGAUAACCAACAGCGGUUAACA